AUGGGUCUUGUAUAUAUUAUCCUUCUGGCAUGCUGUACAAGUUGCUAUGCGGCAUUGGAUCUUGAAACAUUCCGAAAUCUCGUUCUGGACAGACAGAAAAACCUUGAAGGAAGAGUUGCUGAACAGAAUGACCUGAUAACAUCCCAGCAGUCCGUUAUAGUGGCAUUACUGAAAACAGUCUUGACCCAAGAAGAAUAUAAAGAUAUCAUAAAACGCCAAAGUCGUUUUGUUCUGGACAGUGGCGAAGGUCCAGUUGCAUUCACAGCUGCAAUCAGUCCGAAAGCUGUGGACCACGUGGGUGCUAACGCAACUAUAACGUUCGAGACUGUUAUUACUAAUAUUGGAGGCGGUUACAACAACAUUACUGGGGUUUUCGUCGCUCCUUUAUCUGGGCUUUAUAUGUUUAGCUGUUCUCUACUGGACGCUGUAGAAGGUAAACAUGGAACCGAUAAGCUGCACGCAGAAAUUGUGCAAAACGACAAGGUCCUCGCAAGGGUGUUUGCACAUGCUGACAACCAUAACAGAGAUCAAGGUGCACAGACGAUCUUUGUGCAGGUAAACCAAGGUGACCGUAUCUUUAUCAGAAGUGUGGACAACGACGACCUCGGUCUUGGUGGUGAUUUGUACUCUACAUUCUCCGGAUAUCUGUUGAUGCAAUUGUGA